GAACAAAUGACCCGAGGCUGAAUGUCACAGCAGCUGUGCAAGAGGCUCUGGUUUGAGGCUGAUCAGAUCUGUAAAUCUGCACUGUGGCUUCAGGAAACAGGACAGUGGAGGUGAAGGGGGAGAAGGGUGUGUGAACACCCAUGAAUGAGCUGUGAUGGAUAACAAGGACUCAGAAGCUGAGAUCCACCCUCUGAAGACGGAGGAUGUGAAAGCUCAGGAGAACCAUGAGCACUAUGUGGAGAGGAGGAUUGUCAAGUCCUCGGGGCUGUCCCGGCUGUCCCGGUGGCGCACUGCUGCCUUCUUCAUCUCCCUCUUCCUCUGCCUGAUCAUUGUGUUUGCUUUCUCCUUCAUCAUUCCCUGCCCAGAGAGGCCAGUUUCAGAAAGAACAUGGUUCCAAUACUACAACAACGCAGUGCCCUACCCGUUCCUUGCUAUAGCAGAUGUGAGUGAAGACAAAGUACAAGAUGUGCUCUUUGCAUUCAAAUCUGGCAACAGCAGCAGAUUGAACGUGUCCUGUCUGGAUGAAGGGCUGCCAUCUCCCUGUGCCUUCAUCGCUGCAGUGUCUGGCAGGAAUGGCAGCGUGCUCUGGGAGAGCCCAGCUGCAGAGGAGGUGCAGUGGCUGCAGUGUGACAUCCAGCAGCUGGGCACAGCAGCAGGCCCGGGCUGCCUCGUGAUGGAGAAGCCACUGUCCCUUACAGCAGUCAGCCUGAACACAGGGGAAGUUCUGUGGAGGCAAUCCCAUGGCUUUGGAGCUAAUUAUACUGUGCUGACUCCUUUAUCAGUGAUUCCAGAUGUGGAUAAUGAUAAUGUUCAGGACCUGAUGAUCUUUAUUACUAAAGAAGGCCAGGUGAAAGUCUUCAUCUAUUCAGGAAGAACUGGCCAGCAGGUUGGCUCCACGGGCAGCCUGAGGGUGGAUGGCACCGCUCGCCACGUCAGGCUGCAGCUGCACUCCUCCUCCUCCUACUUCCUUUUCUACACAGAGAAGUCUAUCUAUGCAUAUUCCCUGAAAGAUCUGUGCAGCACAGUAGUUGGGGUGGAAGUUAAUCUUCCCAGCUUCCAGCUGGAUUCUCAUUUGGAGAAGAACAUUGACCGUGCCACGCACCUCUUGUCCCUUCUCAGAUUUGAAGACAUUCGCUACUUGGCAAAAGUUCCUGGGCACUCACGGGACAACAUCUUGGUUGUGGACUCAGAGAUGGCCAAACUGAUCAGCACAAAAGAUCUCCACACUCUGUGGACCCUCAAUGUGUCCCGUGUUUUGAGUGAGCCGCUGCUCGGUUACUACAAACCUGAUGCUCAUGGUGUCGUCCUGGAGAGUGAAAUUGGACCCAACAGGAAGAAGGUUAUGAUUGUUGAGAGUGAAUCUGGAGCAGUCCAGUGGGAGCUGAAGCUGAACUCGGGGCCAGGGAGCCCUGGCCCAGCCACCCUUCCCACUGCAGAUCACCGCUCUGCCUUCCUCAUGUGGGGAGACUUCCAGGAACCAGGCAAUGAGACAAGACCCAGAGCUCCUCUCCAGAAGCUGUACCUUUUCCACCCUUCCUACACUAAUGUCGUGUUGGAGCUCCGCAACAGCACCGACCAAAUCGUUGCGUUCACUGCGGCGCUGUUCGAGCGGAGCCGUCACGCCUGCUACGUGCUGCUGCGGGGCCCCCAGCCCGGAGAGGGGCCAGGCCCCAUGUCCCUGAUGAAGAGGAAGCUGAAGGAGGAUGUGGCAGUGAGCAGGGUGCUCUGGCUGCGCCGCACGCCCGGGGACGAGGAGCAGCACAUCCGGGACCGCCUGUACAGGAUGCGAUUCCAGAGCCGAGAUUGAGCUGAAGGGGAACGGGAGAGGCUGCCCUGCUCUGCAGCCCUGCUCUCAACAAGCCCAGAGCCUGCAGUCCCAUGGGAAGCUGCCUUUCUUGAUCCACAAACCAAAGUGUGGCUGGCAGGGAAGCACCCCCAGUGUCUAGGGACACCCAGGCUGUGGGGGCAGCUGCCAGAGUGUCCGUCCUCAGAGCUGAUGGGACUUCAGUGCUUGGCCACCACUGAGGUGUCAUCAGCUCAGGGAGGAGGGCUUUCCCCUCCAUCCCUCUGUGCCCACAGAACUGUGCUGACUCAGGAGUGUGUCUGGAGGAAAACAUGUGCUUGCUGAGGUGCCAGAAUUGAUGAUUUCUGGGAUGCCUGAGAAGUGGAGUUGGAUGUCUGGGAAGUGGAGUUUGCUGUGUGGUGUUAGAUUUCCUUUCUGAGUCAGCUCUCCUGGCUGGGGAGAGGUGCUUGGCUGCAAGUGUUGAUUUGCAAUUACCCUCUCCUGGAUUUGCUUCAGUAGUGGGGGGGUGUGUGGUGACCCCAGCCAUGGCUGUGGUGUGUCUGGUGUCACUUGGGCCAGCAAAGCACAGGUUAAAGUGUCAUUCUACUUAGCAAAUGGCCUUUUCUCCCAAGAACAGCCCCGUGUCCUGCUCUGCAGUCACCAGCCUGCCUGUGUCUGUGUCCUCUGCUGCUUCCUCCCCAGCCAGGCUGUGCAGUGUUGGUGGCACCAGGAGGGAGCUGGUCUCCCACCUGAUGGAUGCAUCAGUGUUCCUCCCUUCCCUCAGCCUGCUUACAGGUGGUGAGAGAUCCCCCCUGAGCCCAGGCUGGCUGGUCCCUGGAGGUACCACCACCACCUCUCCAGGUUUAGGGAACCAGAGGAUCUGGCUUGAGUAGAAUUGCACUUUAACCUUUUCUGGGAGCUGGGAUUGCUGCUUUGGGAAGCCCUGGCAGUGCCAGCAUCCUGCUCAUUCAGUCUUGCAGCUGCUGAGGAGCCUUCUCCAAGCACUGUUCCUGCUGCCAGGGGGUGGGCAGGAGCUCUGUGCUGCCUCCCUGCCCUUGGAAUUGCAGUGAUGCUGGGUGAGGAUCCUGAAGCACUCUCCUCCCUGCCCAGCCUGCUGUCCUGAGGGGAUGGGACAGGUUGCUGUGUGAAGAUGACACAUUUCUCCUGGAGAUCCAUGUAGCACCAUGAGGUGUUUGCUCUGCCCUGUCCUGAUGGGUGCCAGUGCAGGCUGUACAAACAAGGUGCAGAGCCUUGAAAACAGUUGGAACCAGCUACUGAGUCCUGAAAAUAAAAAAUAGGCCUAAAAAUAACCUCUCUCAGGCUCUGCAGUGCUGGAGGGGGUUUGGCCAGUGCCUCCCUCCCUUGCCGAGUCUGACCCUGGGGGAUAUUGGAAACACUGGAGGAUGGGAAUGUGCAGCAUCAGGCAUCAGCUCCUCCCUUCAGCCCCUGCUGGGCUGAAUGUGCCCCUGGGCAGCUGCUGUCAGCAGCUCGCAGCACAGCCCCAGCCCUCAGGCUGCCUGGGCACCUCCUGCUUCCAGCCCUGUCUCCCUGUGCCCCAUACCCCGGGCAGCCAAGGGAGCCAGCCUGGGGUGCCUGGCUGUGCAGGAAGCCAGGGGUGCUCUCUGCAGAGUGCUCCACAACCUUCAGAGCCCCCUGGGCUCACAAUGACGGGCUUGCCCCUCUGCCUCUCUUCCCAGCUGUUUUCUGAGGGAGCCCAGGAGUGCAGGGAGGUUCCCCAGCUGUGUCCCCCAGCUCGGGUUUCCUCUUUGCUCAGCACCUUCGGCCUGACAGCCCCCCAGGUGUCUGUGCCAGCGUUGCAGCCAUGAGAGGGCUGGAUUGAGGCUGCCCUUCAGCCAGCUGGGGCCGGGCACAGGGCAGGGCACCCCAGGCUUGCACUGUAGCCCAGCCUGGGUGCUGGGUGUGGAUUGUUUCCUGCUGAGAUUCCCCUGGCCGGGAGCAAGGGGAAUGCCUGGGCUGUGUUCUCAUCACGCUCUCCCUCCUCAGAUCCCUACUCAGACCUGACCUUCCCAUAGGCACACUGAAUGUUCCUUGAGGAGAGCUGGAGUUUCAGCUUUGAGGAGCUUUCCUGGCUUUAAGUUGUCCAGAAAUGUUUCUGGACAGUUUGGAAAUGCAGAUUUCGCCGUGGCAGCUCAAUUAAACGCAUCAGUGCCAAACCAGCACCUUCUUAACAAAACCAGUCUGUUUCCAGCUUGUUUCCUGUGUAAUUUUUUUUUUUCAGUAUUUGAUGAAUGACUUUGUGCCUUGAUUCAAUAACUCAGCUGGGUGGCAAUGGCUAUAUCACUGUGUUAUGUGUUAGUGUGGUUUUUAACAAUGAGACUGUUUGGUUUGGUUCUUUAACUUAUUGCAGAUUGUGCUGUACAGGACUCGCUUUAACCAGAAUGGUUUCAAUAAAUCCUCUUUUGCAUUGUUUGUAAA